GUGACUGAAAGCUGCGCUGGUGAGUCAAGCAGGAACAUGGCAACAGGUGACACAGCUUUUUCUGUAAAUGGGCAGCACAGACGUUUGUUCUAAAGAAACCACAAUUUAACCUGUGCAUGUAAGCCCACAGAUAAUUCAAACACAAGGGUCGACUUUAGUUAAAUGUUCCUUCUAUAAUGAUGUCACUGAAACAUUCUUAAAAGAAAACCACAUCCUUUUCUUGUCUACAUAAAUAACAACUAAAAAGGUAAAAGAAAAGCCAUAGCUUUCACAAUGCUGAACAGAGCAACCCUAAUAUGCUGCAUCACGGCAUUCAUUCUGCAGAGAAUCCCUGGGGAUGAUUGUACUGAAAUCAUUGGAGGUGAAGAAGUACUGAACCAUUCAAAGAGUUUCAUGGCACUAUUAGAAGGAAAAGGAAUUUGUGGAGGAGCAUUAAUUUAUCCAAAGUGGGUUAUAACAGCUGCACAUUGUAUUGAUGCGAGCAAAACUGUCAAACUUGGAGUUCACAAUCGCUUGGCUAAGAAUGAAAAAGUGGAAAUUCGGAAAGUUGUAAAAAAAGUGCCUCACCAAUGCUUUGACAGCAUUACUGGAAUGAAUGACAUCAUGCUGCUUAAGCUGAAUAAAGAAGUUAAAAAGAGCGAAACAAUCUCUUUCCUCCAAGUGCCAAACUCCAGUACAGACGUUAAAGCUGGAAGUACAUGCAAUGUGGCUGGCUGGGGAAAAACAAACAACAUAAAUAAAUUUGGAUCAGACGUUCUGAGAGCUGUCAAUGUCACAGUUAUCGACAGAAUGAAAUGCAACAGCAUGGAUUACUACAAUUUUAAACCCAUCAUAACCAACGACAUGCUCUGUGCUGGCACUGACAGCAGCAAAAAUUCAAAACGAGUAGACGCUUGUGAGGGGGAUUCUGGUGGCCCACUUAUCUGCAAUGGAGAAUUCAGAGCUAUUACAUCUUUUUCUCACCACUGUGGCCUCUUGAAAAAGCCUGGAAUAUAUACACUGUUAUCCAAGAAGUACAUCGAAUGGAUCAAAAAAGUGACCAAAUCUAAUCUGUAAAACUUUGCUGUCUUUUGUUUUUUUAUUUUAAUCCUCCUAGUUUAAAGCAUGGGAGUUUUGUGUCAUUAUUAUUUAUAUUGUUCAAUAUUUUGUGAUGGUCUUCAAGAUCUUCAUAUCUGUUUUGCUUUGUUUGGAAUAUUUUCAGCAGGGACAUUUAUGUUUUUGAUGUGCCAGGAUUGACAAGGUGGCACAGUGGUUGGUGCUAUUCUCACAUACUUUAGUGGAUCUGGUUUGGGUUAAAAACCCAGUCACUAUCUGUGUGAUGUUUACACACUCUCCACGUGCCGGUGUGGGGUUUCCUCCACUCUCCCACCAUUUCUCCAAAAUGAGCACUCAAUGAAGACUGACUACUCUAAGGCCUCUAAUGUUAACGUGUUUUUGGAGAUCCGAUCACAAUUGCAUUGGAUAAGAAACAGGAGUAAAUGUUAACGUGACUGGGUUCUGAGGGAGUCACAAAAGCAUACUGAACAAAUUUAACACAAACGUUAAUACAAAUGUGUUUUCAACCUGCAUACAACAACCAUGUAAAGCAGAAGCUGAUCUGAAUUGUGCACAUGGAAGGGGACUUCAAAUCUUGCCAGUGUUCUCAUUUAAUGAAAGUGUUGACAGAUUAUUUAAAAAAAAAGAAAGAAAAAACAGAAUGCAUAUAUUUUGUACAAAAG